CGGGUAGCGGGCAAAUGGGGAGCUGAGCGGCUGCAGCAGGACCGCGCAGCAGCAGCAGCGGCAGCGGGAGCAGCAGGAGCAGCCGGCGGCGGCCGUUGCUCCGCAGACGCCGAGCGCCAACAGCGGCCGGGCUGCCCCGGGCCGAUCCGCCCCGCGAGCGGGCGCCCGCCGCCUCCCGGAGAGGCACCAUGCAGACCUUCCUCAAGGGGAAGCGGGUGGGCUACUGGCUGAGCGAGAAGAAGAUCAGGAAGCUCAAUUUCCAGGCCUUCGCCGAGCUGUGCCGGAAAAGAGGAGUGGAAGUUGUACAGCUUGAUCUCACCAAACCCAUUGAAGACCAGGGCCCCUUGGAUGUGAUCAUACAUAAACUGACAGAUGUCAUCCUUGAAGCAGACCAGAAUGACAGCCAGUCACUGGAGUUGGUACAGAGGUUCCAGGAGUAUAUUGAUGCUCAUCCAGAAACCAUUAUCCUGGACCCGCUUCCAGCUAUUCGUACACUUCUGGACCGAUCCAAGUCUUAUGAGCUCAUUCGACAAAUAGAGGCAUACAUGCAAGAUGAGAGAAUCUGUUCACCACCCUUUAUGGAGCUGACAAGUGCCUGUGGAGAAGAUACCUUGCAGCUUAUAGAGAAGAAUGGAUUGGCAUUCCCAUUCAUUUGUAAAACCAGAGUGGCCCAUGGAACCAACUCUCAUGAGAUGGCGAUCAUCUUCAACCAGGAGGGUCUGAAAGCUGUCCGCCCCCCUUGCGUCAUCCAGAGCUUCAUCAACCACAACGCUGUGCUGUAUAAAGUGUUUGUAGUUGGGGAAUCCUACACAGUGGUGAAAAGACCAUCUUUAAAGAAUUUCUCUGCUGGAAUCUCAGACAGAGAAUCGAUAUUCUUCAACAGCCACAAUGUCUCAAAGCCAGAAUCAUCAUCUGUCUUAACAGCGCUGGAUAAAAUCGAAGGAGUGUUUGAGCGGCCAGAUGAUGAUGUCAUCCGGGAAAUCUCCAAGGCACUGCGGCAAGCUCUGGGAGUUUCCCUCUUUGGAAUCGAUAUCAUCAUUAACAAUCAGACCGGGCAGCAUGCAGUCAUUGAUAUAAAUGCAUUCCCAGGUUAUGAGGGCGUUUCCGAGUUUUUCACAGAUCUCCUGAACCACAUCGCCGCUGUCCUGCAGGGUCAGGCACCUGAAGUGACCCAGCUAAACCGCAGCAAGCUCCUGGCUGAGCAGACCGGCGGGAUCAUGGACGAGCGGAUAUGCUGCGCGAGUACGGGCUGUCGCAGCGUCAUGGGAAAAGACUCCUCCUGGAUUGUGGACAGCGAGACCAACAGCUCAGUAAAACUGCAACACCAGAGACUAGGCUGCAACUCAGCAGUGUCCCCCAGCUUCCAGCAGCACUGCGUCGCCACGUUGGCCACAAAAGCUUCCUCCCAGUAACUUACCAAUGCCAUGGACUGAGGAAAAAGCAGCAGGGAUACAAAUUGUGGUCCCAGAAGCAGAUCAGGCUGAAAUAGUACAAUUAUAAAAACAAAACAAACAAACAAAAAAAAAAAAAACAAAAAAAAAAAAGAAAAGAAAGAAAGAAAGAAAAGGAAAAAAAACAAAAAACCACAAUACAAAAAAAAAAAAAGCAAAAUAACCAUUUAAAAACAAAACACCUUCCAUUUGAUUUAACCUGAUUUGCUGAUGAAAUGGUCUGAAAAGAGGAGGGUGAGAAAGUGAUUCAGCUCCACGUCAUCAGAUUCCAAUUGUAAAUCUAUAGUGAGUUUACACACACGCGUGGGAUUUAACACUAGACCUUUCAUUGUGGGAGGGUUGCUCUUUUGUUUCUAUUGUUCUUUGUAAUCACUGGUGACCAGCAUUUUAAAGUCGGACCUCGUGGUAUCAAGGAGAUAAUAAUGUUGAAAUGGAAUGUAUGAAUGUAACAGUGCUAGAGAUUUUUGCCUAAAAUCCUCCCAUUCCUUUUUCCAGGUAGGCCAUUGCAAAAGACAACUUCAGUAUCGCUAAACCAAAUCUCUUGUAGCAUUGUCAGGGUGUUGACAGAGAGCUUGCUCUGAGCCGCAGCUCUUUGAUGGGACCGAGCAUGCUGGUUGUUAAGGGCUCAGUACCAAGCAGCCACCCCAGUUCCUGCUUCACAGCUUUACCCCAGGCCUCCUUGCUUUAGUCACCAGCAGCUUCUGGCUACACUUGCCAACAGCAAAAUGCAUCUGAUCCAGGCAGACUAGAGGCUGAAAAAGGGGUACAGGUUGUUAAGUUGAGUGAUUUAGUUGAUGAAAUAACAUUCUUUCCAUCAUCUUCUAGAAGAGCAGCUCAUCUCUGAGCAGAGGAAUUAAUUCUCCCUACCUUGCACUUGUGAGGAUUCUGGGACAGCUCUGCUGAAAGGCUGCCAACCAGAGCCGGGCAUCCUGCUUACAGCAGUACACCUGGUCUAGGUGUAACGCAGUUGCUGCCUUCCACAGAUCCAUGGUGCUGCACUUUCUUUUUUCCUUUGCAAAUGAUAUGUAAGCAGAAUGAGUACCUUUGUGUGACAGCGGCGUGCGGCAGUUCUGUCUAGCGUAUCUUACUGUGAGCUGCCAGGUGGGCAGGUGAGGUUGUUUGCAGUGGUGCUUCAUACUAUUUGUAAGUGAGCGCAGCCAUGUUCUGUCUCUUGAGAUGUGCAGUAAACCUGCAGUGUUCACCUGCUGCUGCAUCUUCUAGCAUGGCAGCAUCUUCUGCUGUUGAGCAUUCCUGCAGCUUUUGCCAAUUCUGAACACUAAACUGGAAGUACCCAACUCUAUCAGUGCUGAGAACGUAGACACUAUUAUGGUUCACUGAGUGGCCUUCUCUUUCCCUAAAAUAUAUUUAAGAGGCAUGGUGGUAAGAAAAUGUCCUUAGUUCAGCUCCUAGCUUGCAGGUAUGGUAGUCUUUCUAUGGUGGGUAUUCAAAAAGCAGCCAUCACUGCAGUAUUUAAUGCCAUUUUAUUAGUAUCCUGCAUUAGAUCGAGAUGAAAUGCAUUACCACUUAAAAAGAAAUGAUCUAGAGCUUAAAGCUUGGGCACGCCAUGGAGAGAGCAGUAAACUGUAGAAAGUGCCACCAUCCUGACCUGAUGGUAGCAGUCCUGGAGGAGAGGGCAUUGUGUAGCAGUUGUUCUGUGCAAGCUCAUUUUUCUCUGAGAGAGAUUGGGUUUGUUUGCCAAGUGCCAUCGUAGAGAAAUUUCUGUAGCUGGGUUUGCAUUUCUGAGGACAGUCUGCAAUGAGAGAGGAGGACCUUGUGAGUGUGGUAGAAUUCCAGGGCACAUCAAUACAGCCAGCUUCCUAUCCUGUUGCAGACCAGCCCCAAGCUGGGCUCUCUUUGCAAUCCCUGUGUGCUUCAAGGCUGCUGAUCCCCACAUUGAGUGCAGCUUGCAGGUCUGGGUCGUAGUGGUGUGAGUGAGUCAGAUGUACAUAGGUGUGGGUUUAUAUGAGUAUUCAAGAUAGACCAAACCUUUCAUAAAGCCGUGACUGAAAUAAAAUUGACAUCUACAGUUUGGGAUUUGUAUUUGUUUGUUGAAAAUAAAAAGUGUUUUUAUGUUACGUGUGUAACAAAAGAUACCCUCAGGAAGGAAUUUGCCAGUGCUUAUUUUUGUAUGGUACUUUCGUGUAACCAACUGGUGGAGUGUUUGUAGACUUUUGCCUUUUGCUCCCUUUAUUAUGGCUUGGGGUUGUUUUGUUUUGAUUUGUUUUGCUUUAAUUUGGUGGUGGGAUAGAAGCGAUGAUGUUAAAGCUGAGUUAGUAACUGAAGACCUUUCAAACGAAGUAUGUUUACAUGAAUCUGAGUGUCGGAUCCAAUUGAAAUGUCUGUAUGCUGUUUCCUAGUUAGAACAUCAAAUGAGAGUUUUAUUUUCCUGGCUGCCUUCUGAAUUUUGGUUGGCCUAUUUUGCACUGCUUUAUUUCUCCAAAAUAAACUACUGAAAUAUAAUUGUGCAUUUUAAACUUGUUUACAAAUGAUUGUUAAAAGUUUAUUUUGUAAUUCUCUGAAGGCUUACAGAAAUGCUAUAUUUAAAUAUUACUCCAGACCUUGGCUGUAACUAAAGAAGAAGUUUAGGUCGUUGGUGUGAUCAGCGACGUUUUUUUCCCAUAGUCUGUAAUUUAUUUCUUAUUUAUCAAAUGUAUCUGUAUCACUUUAAUUUACCAGGUGCAGAUAUGCAAGUACCUGUUCGUGAUGUGGCAUUACAAUAGAGUUCUCUCAUAAAUUACCACGCGAUUGCUGUAUUGCUAUAUUUCCUUGCAGAAAUUAUUGUUGUGGCUCAUAUAUUAGAGUGCCGCCCAAUCUCACGGGCCAUUUAGGAGACCGGUUUUUGAAAGCCAAACCUGUAAAUUACCAAGUGUCCAGACAUACAGUUACAUUGGAGCACACAUAUGUUAUUAAGCCUGUGCUAAAGUGCUUUUCUGAAUUGCUGCCUCAUUUGGUAAGUCUAGGAUAGCUUUGAUUUAUGAUAAGCUUCACAGUAAUUUAGUUCUUGUUCUGUAGUCUUUUCCUUUUAUUUUUCUUGUGUGUUUUAAAGUAAGGAAAUGCAGUAAUAUUAGACCAUACCAUAAUACCCUUGCUCUUAAAAUUGCGGACAAUCCGGGGGAGAUUUUCCAUAAUGUCUUGUUUGAAUUCUGUUAUUGUGGGUUAGAAAAUUAUUGCUAUGUUUUCAGAGGCACAGCUAUUGCUGCUGUGUUGAUUGGAGCAAUUAAGUUAAAAUGACGUGGUCACCAGUUUGCUUCUUACGGAUCUGCUUCUGUUCUGCUUCACUGUUAUCAGUCCAUAAGAACACCAUUAGCUUGGCUGGAAUCUCUUGCAGGUUUUGUGUCAGCGUGAUGGAGGAGAUUUGACUGUGAUUUCUGCUAUAAUUAUGUAGCUGACUUCAGUAGAUGAAGAUUAUCCCCUGUUGAAGAGAACUUGAAUGGUAUUAGUAGUGCACUUAAUGCAAAACCAUCUCCAUCAUCCUCUCCCUUUUACUGACAUUGCCAUGUUACAUUGGGUUUGCAGUGACUGCAUCAGGACAUUUGGGUCAUACAGAAAACCCAGUGUAGAAGUGCAGCCUGACCACAUGUGCCAGCACUGACACCCUUAGCCUGCAGCUCUUCUGCCUUUGGUAAGCACGUGUCUGGCUCUUCCAGACCUGUUCAGACCAUUGGAGUGAGACAUUUGCUGAGAGAUCUCCAUUUGGAACACAUCAGUGUUUGUGCAGAGGAGUCUGCAACAAGUCAAAUAAGAACCAUCAGCUUCAUUUGCUGUCCUCAUAGAUGGGUACAAACCAAGAGCCUCACCCUGGGGCCCUGGGACAGGAGGGCAGUACAGUGGAUGGCUCAAGCUGAGGCUGAUGUUCCUCAGCCAGCUGUGGGCUGUGCCCAGUCGCAGUGCACGGAUCGGAGUGGCAGGGCACAAACACUGACUGCAGGUGGCCAAAGGUGCUUGAAUUGACUGACCAAAAAAAAAAAAUAAGAACAAAACAAAGGAAAAAGGAAACUCCUGUUUCCAUCCAACAAAAAGAAACCCCAGGCUUAGCAGCAGUUCAGCUAACAUGGGUUCCCCAAAGUCUUGGUGUGGCAGCAGUGACCACAGGUCAGGCUUUUUCACACUCGCUUGCAGCCUUACCUUCCAGAGUGGUGCAGAGAAUCUUAGGAUUGGGUUAGUUAGUGAAUAGAGUCCAUUUUGAGUUUGUAGCCAUCUCCCCAUGUGCGUACUGCAGGAGUUCACUUGCAUUACUUUGCUAAUUUUCUUUUCCUCCCUCCUUCUGGUCAGAGAUGUAUUGAUUUCUGUACUCAGUAUACAAUUACUUUAUGGUGUUGCAGCUGUGUGUUUCGUAAUAGCAGGAUGUGAAAAUGCUUUGUGUAGAUUAAGAUAUUUCCUUUAAUAUAAUCUCCUCCUGCUUUCAUGUGUGACACGCGUUGCUGAUUUUAUUUGUAAUAUUGCUUUAAUACCUAUCUCAGAGGAAUGUAACCUCCAGAAAAGUACUUUCCACAUCUUCACUACCUUUCCUUUCCUUUCCCUAUUCACUCUGUGUGGACCCAAGCCAUCAAAAGUUGAGCUUUUGACGGAGUGGGUUUCACAUCCUCCGUGGAUGCUGUUAUGUUUACAUGGCCACACUAAUUGCUAAAGUCUGUCGAAGUUUGAGAGGAUCUGGGUGCAGAUGAAAGUGUUAGGAUAGUAAAUCCUCGGGAACACAGGCAUGAUAGCAUCUGUAGCAAGCACAGGCUCCAGGGUGUUCUUGCUUUGUGUACAGGGAACUCUUGGAGACUGGUUCAUCCCUAGUGGUAGUGCAGUUUCCCUGUGGAAGAAAAAAAUCACCAUAAGAAAAUAUACUCUGUGAUGAAGAAGAGGGAUGAGAAGAGGUAGGUGAGGAUUGGGGAUAAAGUCGUGGUCAGGGGACACUGUGAUACCACUGGGCCAGGAGUUGGCUCUGUUAUUUUUUUAUAGCAAUCUUGGGAGACGUUCUCUCCCUGCAUUUCUCACCCUGAAUCCACUGGGGCUGAUGCCAGCAGUUGUCUGUGAGCCAUGAGCUCAGUAGGCAGUGGCCUUGUCCAGCGUGCCUGGAGUUUGCAGGGGGCUCCUGAGCAUUAUAAGUUGAUUGAUGGCCUGGAAAUCUCUCAACACUCUAGAAAUAGCUGGAACAGUGAAUGGAGUUGGUGAAAUUCAGGUCUUCCUCUUCCAUCCUUUUUAAAGAAACCCACUUUUUAUUUCCUCCUUCAUUCUUUACACAAUAGUUUUUAGAUAUAAAUUAUUUUAACAUUUUUUUUGUGUGUGUGUGAAAAAAGUCAUAUAUACAUAUAUAAAGUUAUUAAAAGGCUGAGUAUAUGUUGAGUAUAAAAUAGUGACUUCUUUGUUUCAGGUGUUAGCAGCCCCUAAACAUGAGUUGUUUAUCCUCUUGUAAAGUCAGUGCUGUAAAAAAUAAAUAAAUAAAAGCUGUAUUAGGUGUAUCCUUUAUUAUUUAUUUCUCAAUGCAGUACAUGAUACGGCUUGUGUAUACCUUUGUGAGAGCCAUCUACUGAGAUGCAGUCAUUCUUAAAAUCAAGUAACAGUAGUUCCUUGGGAUCCCAGCAGUUCUGAGACAAGUGGCCCUUCACGUGUGGGUCAUGUUGGAUAUUGUCCUUUCACAUGCCAGCUGUGCUCCCCACUUCAGCAUGGCUGAGGCCCAGGGACCAUUCAUUGUGCCAGGUUUAAGUCUGUCAAUAUGUGUGUUCAGAUCCGACUGUGCGGUGUUGACACGUGCAUCUUGUGAUUUGCUUCAGCCCUCUUCACUAUGAUUUCUGAAAUGGGAUUCCCAUUUUGUACUUAAAUUUGUCUAGAAUGAUUUUUAAAAAAACCUUAAAAAGUCAUGGUUUACUGUAAAAAACAACAACAACAACAACAACAAAACCCAAAUAUUUGCUAUUUGGCAUCUUCAGUUGCAUGACUGAUCGGAUCUGACAAUGGAGAUGGUGCUUUCAUCUAACAGCAGUGAUUUCAAUGGUAAUAUAUUGUUUUUCUUUCUUUUGCCAAGCACCUGUGAUGGACAAUGUUUUGGUUUCAACAGUAAAGCAAUAUGCAGUAGGUAUUGUGGCAUUCUCUCUGUACUUGUUUUGAAGACGGAGCUGUCCCUUUCCAACACAUAAUGAAAAUAAAUGCCUUAUAACAAA